AUGCGCUUUAGUGUAAACGUAAAAUUGAAAAGAGAAGGUUGUAUUGGUGGAUUAGCUGAGAUCCGGUGGGCGGCGCGGAGUCGGAGUCGUAGCAAGGAACGGAGGGCUUUGCGUAAGGACUACGACGAGUCGCAGGGUCAGGACUGCGUGGAGCCACGACUCAGAAAAGACAGCACGACGGACUACGCCGCUGACAAUUCGUCGGAGCACAGCAGCACAGCAACCCCACUGACGCAGUCCCCACGGCACAGACUCCUCAACAUACAGCACGAUUCAUCUCCAAUCCGUCGACCACCGUCCGCUGCCGAAAUGGCAUCUGGGGAUUCCCCGAAACUCCGAGUUAAAACCGCGGCUAGUGGAGACCCCACUAGCAGGACAGCGAUUGCAACGUCAGCUACUACAGGUACCACAACCUCCACUGCAUCUCUUGAACCUGCUGUGCCUGCGGUUUGCGAUGAGUUGUCAAGGAAACGGGAGUCGUCACUGCGUCAACACUCCUUCUUCCAGCUGCGUGUCCACCUUCGCCGUGGCGUCGACCUGGUGGCGAAGGACAAGGGCGUCCAUACACGAGUUACAGAUUAUCUUCACCAGCUAUCAGACGUAAGUUACUCCGCACAACACAUCUUGAAAAUAAACGUCUGACUACAAACAAACAACUCAUCAUGGAAAUAGAAAAUCUACAAACAAA